GGAGAGAAAGCUUUUCCUGAGCACGCGCACUGGACGGGGCCGGCGAGAAAAACGGCCGGAGGGGCGCGCGCGCGGGCUCGAGCCUGAAAUCAGCUGGAAAGAUGUCUCAGAAAAAGAAAAUGAAAAGGCGACCUGGAACACAGAGUGAACUCCACCAAUCCCAGGGAGAAGACAUGGAUGUGGAAGAAGACCAGUGUCCGACUCAAACCCAGACGGCAAGUCAGAUGCGGCCAAAUCUGGAGAAACCAUCUAUGGCCCAGGUGGAUCAGAAGGUGAAUGAGCUGGUGCAGUACCUACUUGUUAAGGAUCAGAAGAAAUUGCCCAUCAAACGGGCAGAUAUACUGAGAAAUGUAAUCAAAGAAUACAAGGGUGUGUCUUCAGAGAUUGUCAAAGGAGCUGGUCAAGUUUUGGAAAAAGUUUUUGGUCUCCAUUUGAAGGAAAUCGAUCAAAAGAACCACGUCUACAUAAUUGUCAACAUGCUGGAGCGAUUGGAGGGGGAUAAUAUGAGAGUAGAUGAUAAUACUGCCAAGAUGGGGCUUCUGAUGGUGAUCCUCAGCCUCAUCUUCAUGAAAGGCAGUGCCACCAAUGAAUCUGUCAUCUGGGAGACGUUGAGGAAGCUACGAGUUGACACUAGGGAGAGACACGAGGUCUUUGGGGAUGUGAAGAAGUUAGUUACGGAAGAGUUUGUCAGGCAGAAGUACUUGGAGUACAACCGGAUCCCUCACACCGAGCCUGUUGAAUUUGAAUUCCAGUGGGGAGCCAGAGCUACUAAAGAAACUACCAAAAUGCAAGUCCUGAAUUUUGUUGCCAAGAUCCAGAAGAAGGACCCCAAAUCCUGGACGGUGCAAUAUAGCCAAGCCACAGAGGGCGCUUCAGCAAGCGGAGCUCCACUUAGGCAUUAGCCACGCUGCCGUCUGGGCCAGUUUGGGGAAAAAGUGAUGUGCGUCCAUUGAUUUGUUCCCUGUGAACAGUAGCUCCUGGAGGGAUGACCACCUGCAGGGGCCGUCCAACCCCGUGGACUCUGUAGAACUGAAGCUGACGCGGUUCCAGAAACAUCAAGGGCUCUCUGGGUCGGAGCGAGCAAGAGGAGCGGGGCAGUUGCCUCGAUUGGCUCUAGAGGAAUCCCAAGAAGCCAGCUCAGUUUCAGACCUCCAGUGGGGUUUGGGAUGGCUCUUUCUUGGGGCAUCUCGGGCCACCUGACCACUGUGAGAUCGAGGGAACUGAACUGUCUUUUUGGUGACUCCGCUAAAUCCCAAAAUGGUCGAUUGUAUGGUGUGGAGGUGGGGCCAUUUUAAAAUUGAAGUUGUCCACAGAACUACUUUGGCAUUUGAAAUCUUUUCUACUUGAACAGUCUGUCACCAGCUUUACUGGGUUCAACUCCUCGGGUAUCUUGGUUACACUGUCAAAAGACCUUGGCUCUCGAGAAGUGGGUUUGGUGCUCGUUCGGGUGGGGGAAGCCAGAUAUCGGUGUUAUAUCCUAGUUCUACUGAUGAUGCGAAGGGUUAAUCGGUCAGUCGCGCAGUGGUGUUUGAGCACGUACUGUGUGCGGAGCACUGUUCCAAGCGCUUAAUAAAGUACAAUGCAACAAA